AUGUCUGACGACGAGCGCGUUACCAAGCCCUUCAAGUUCGUCACAGCCGGCUUUGAUGCGCGGUUCCCGAACACCAACCAGACCAAGCACUGCUGGCAAAACUACGUCGACUACCACAAAUGCAUUCUCGCCAAGGGUGAGGACUUUGCUCCUUGCCGCCAGUUCUGGCUUGCCUACCGGUCGCUGUGCCCCAGCUCCUGGUACGAGCGCUGGGAUGCGCAGAGGGAGGCUGGCAACUUCCCCGCUCGUCUGGAGUGA